CUCAGCUUUUCCCACACCUUCUUCUGUCACAGAAAGAAAGGAUGGACCAUCUCCUUGGGCUGUGUACACUCUUCCCACUGUUUCUAUCCACCUUCUCCAACUUUUGUGGCCUUCAGUACCCAGAUCCCAAGUUGGAUAAAGCUAAUGUGAUCUCCGAAUACAGUGGAGCCACAGAAGCCCCAUGGCUCGUGAACAUCUAUGGAAAUGGCCAGAGAUGCCAAGGAGUUAUCCUGAGCAGCUUCUGGGUCCUGACAGCAGCCAACUGCUUCUUGUUGAUGAAUCCGAGCCAAGUAGAGUUGACUGGGUCUCCUGGACAUUUAUCCACCAUGGCAGUGAGUCAGUUUCUGCUACAUCGGGGCUUCAGUUCUCGGAAUACAGCACCCAAUAAUGACCUGGGUCUCAUCUUGCUUGCCCAGCCAGUUGAUUUAACAGCAAAAGACAUGUGGCCAGCUUGUAUUCCUCAGGAAAAAAAACCAUACAACACCCAGGAGGAAUGUCGGAUUUUCGAACGAGGCCAAGAGGGAUCGAUGAAAUGGUUCCUAAAGGAGACAAUGGUGGAGGCCUUGAGCAUAGCUGACUGUUCCAAGCAUUGGCCUAACGCUACAGAAGGCAGGAACUUGUGCGUGGCAAAAAAACACGCCGACAAUCUCACAACUUGCAAGGUGCCAGUGGGCAGUCCCGUCAUCUGUCAUGAUCCAGUUACUUGGGAAUGGGAGGUGAUGGGCCUUGUAAGCCAGAGCUUGCACAACUGCACAAUCCCUAUCCUGGCUUCUCAGCUUUUAUCCCAUACAAAGUGGCUGAAGCAAGAGGGAGCCUUAGAGAAUCCUCUCCAGACACAAGACAAAUUACCUUCAGCAGCUGGACAGCAGCAACCGGUAACAUCACUGGAACCAACUACAGUUCAAACACCGUCUGCAACUCUCCAAGUGCCUGUAAUACUGCCAGCUGCAAAACAAAUAGUUAAACUGCCAUCAUCAGAAGCCUCACUGCCUCCAGUGCAAGCAAUCACAGCAGCUGCCCCUAAAUUGUCAUCAAUCAAUCUGCCAUCACUGGAAGCAACUGUGGCAGCCAUCCUUGCAUCUUCACCAACUAAACCUCCAACACUGGAAACAAUUGCCAUAACAGAAGCAACCAAGCUACCGCCAGUAGAAGCAAUUUCAGCCACUGUUAUUGAAUUGCCACCAACCAAUCUGCCAUUACUGGAAGCAAUUAUUGCAGCCACUGCUGCAUCUCCAUUGAUCAAACCUCCAGCCCUGGAAACAAUCACGGUAACUGAAGCAACUAAGCCACCAUCAAUGGAAACAACUACAGCCACUGCUAUUGAAUUGCCAUCAACCAGCAAGCCAUUAGAAGCAACAAUGGCAGCCACCACUACAUCUCCAUUGACCAAACCUCCAGUGCCAGGAACCAUCACAAUAACUGAAGCAACUAAACUACCAUCAAUGGAAACAACUACAACCACCAUCACUAAACUGCCAACAACCAGUCUGCCAUCACUAGGAGCAACUACAGCAGCCACCACUGCAUCUCCACCAUCCAGUCCUCCAGCACUGAAAACAAUUACAACAACUGAAGCACCACCAGUAGAAAAAAACAUGACAACAAGGAUCUCAUUAACAAACCAAACUGCAAAGCAACUUGGUGCAGUGUCUUCAACUACUAAGAAUUCUACUUUGCGUUCUUCAAAAGCAGAAAAUCCUGCCCAGGAGACCAAUGAUGUAAAACUUACAACAGCCCAUGAAUCAUCACCUACAACAUCUGCAUCCUUCUCCUCAACCACAAAACCACAGCAUGGGGCACCAACAAGUUCUGGGCGUCUGCUACAGGAAACACCUUCCAUCCCAGGACAGCCUACUACCACUCAGAUGGCAUCAACCAAAUACUCCUUCACUCCUUCACAGCAGUCAUCUGUAAUUUCCAUGACAUCACCUCAGUUGUCAUCUGUUGUCUCUCCAUUGAACAAAAGGAGCUCUGUAACAAUGGGAACAACAAAAUCCUUUGCUCAAACCCCAAAGCAGCAGAACAAAAAACUUGACUUGUCACCACAGGCAACAUCUUCAAUCACCAGUAAACCAUCAGCCAGGGCCACACAAACUUUGGUAACAUCCACCACCAGGCAAUCACUCCAAACUUCAUUAAUUAACAACCAUCACCAUAUAGUAAUAAUACCACCUACCUAUUUGAGGCAGUCUAAACCUUUGUCAUCUCCGGGCACAAGGUAGGGCUUCUUCCACAGCUCUACUAACCAUACUUGAACGUUCUGUCUGCUGGUUUUAUGGGACUAAGCCACAGGAGAAACCAGGAAGAAGGUCUUUCUCUUGGUCCUACUCUGGCAUGCUUUCUCAACUCAUUAAAGUAAUUCCCAUCUUGCAAUCCUUUGAGCAGAUAACAUGAAUGCCCAGAUAUAAAUGGCAUGAAUCAGCAGCUCCCAUGCCUAUGAGCAAGAUGGCAAUUCUCAUGGAUCACAAAAUUGAUGAAUAAUGUGGCCAAAAACUUCUAUAUUCCUUUUCCUCUCAAAAUCUGGGGCCUGCCUGUGAUCAAUCUUUCCUGACUCCAAUCUGCCAGCCCUUCGGAGUAGAGUAAGGUUACAGUAAAUUGACUCAUUCCAGAUCAUUGACAGAGAAUCUGAAAUCUGAAGAUUGGCUGAUUUUUUUUCCCCCUAAUAUGUUGUCUUUUCCCUUCGAUAUGUGGACUGAAGCCUCAUUUUGUUUAAUUUCUUAUAAUCUAUUUGUUUUCAAAAUUAUUAAAAAGCGCUUAAGCCUUA